AUGUUGGGGCGAAAACAAAGUUUAAAAGGGGAGCCCGUACUGGCAGACUAUGGCCCAGAAGAGUCACUUAAUGAAAGUGCAGAUAUCGAAUGGGUGAACAAAUUAUGGGUCCGAAGAAUUUUAAGACUUUGCGCUCUCCUAAGUUUGAUGUCCGUUUCGUUGAAUACACCAAAAACAUUCGAAAAAUAUCCCCAUCUUCAAACUGUAACAUUUGCAGUAGAUUGUUGUGUUACUCUAUUAUUUACUGCAGAAAUGAUUGCCAAAAUGCACAUUAGAGGCAUACUCAAGGGUGACGUUGCAUAUCUUAAGGAUCACUGGUGCCAAUUUGAUGCUUCCAUGGUAUUUUUUCUGUGGGUUUCUGUGUUACUCCAAAUGUUUGAGUUGACUGGAAUUGUGCCAAGAUACAGUUAUUUAAGUAUAUUGAGAGCUCCAAGACCUUUGAUAAUGAUAAGAUUUCUAAGAGUAUUUUUAAAAUUCUCAAUGCCUAAAUCAAGGAUUAAUCAAAUCUUUAAGAGAUCAAGCCAGCAAAUCUACAAUGUUACUUUAUUUUUCCUGUUCUUUAUGUCAUUAUACAGCUUACUAGGAGUGCAAUUUUUUGGAGAGUUGACUCACCAUUGCGUGAGAAAUAACACUAAUCCAAAUGAAAUCACCAUCAACUCUCUGGCAAUUCCUGAUACAUUUUGCUCACCUGAACCAAACUCUGGGUAUCAAUGUCCUGCAGGAAUGAAAUGUAUGAAGCUUAAUUUGUCAAAAUAUAUUAUGGGCUUUAAUGGAUUUGAAGAAUUUGCAACAAGCUUGUUUACCGUGUAUCAGGCAUCAUCACAAGAAGGAUGGGUUUUCAUAAUGUACAGAGCAAUUGAUUCUUUGCCUACAUGGAGGUCAGCCCUCUACUUCAGCACAAUGAUAUUCUUUUUGGCAUGGUUGGUAAAAAAUGUGUUUAUAGCUGUCAUUACUGAGACCUUUAAUGAGAUAAGAGUGCAGUUUCAACAAAUGUGGGGCAUAAGAAAUCAAAUAACAAAGGGAAGCACAACACAAUUCUUCACUGGUGAUGAUAACGGAUGGAAAUUAGUUACUAUUGAUGAAAAUAAACAUUCAGGUAGUGCACCAGAAAUAUUUCACAAGAUGUUGAGAUCAGCAUACUUUCGUCUAAUAGUUAUGGGUGUGGUAUUAGCGAAUGGUAUAAUCACAGCUACUAUGAAUUUUAAACACGAUGACAACCCAAGAGAAUUCUUUUAUGAAAAAUAUUAUUAUAUUGAGAUCGCGUUCACAAUUUUUUUGAAUUUAGAAGCAUUGAUUAAAAUCUGGUGUUUGGGAUGGAAAGGUUAUUUUAAACAUUCAGUGCAUAAGUUCGAACUACUGUUAGCUAUUGGCACUACUUUUCACAUUAUACCUCAACUGUAUAUGUCAGGAUUUACGUAUUUUCAGGUACUUCGCGUCGUCCGUCUUAUUAAAGCUUCGCCUUUAUUAGAGGGAUUCGUUUACAAGAUAUUUGGACCAGGAAAAAAAUUAGGCAGUCUCAUUAUUUUUACCAUGUGCUUAUUAAUAAUAAGCUCUUCUAUAUCUAUGCAGAUGUUUUGUUUUCUUUGCGAAUUUACAAAGUUUGAGACUUUCCCAGAGGCUUUUAUGUCUAUGUUUCAAAUAUUGACUCAAGAAGCUUGGGUGGAGGUAAUGGACGAAACUAUGGUUCGGACGAGUCAAACGCUCACUCCACUGGUCGCUAUCUACUUUAUACUAUACCACUUAUUUGUCACAUUGAUUGUAUUGUCACUUUUCGUCGCCGUUAUUUUGGAUAAUUUGGAAUUGGAUGAGGAUAUAAAAAAGCUGAAGCAGCUGAGAUACAGACAGCAAAGUGCCGAAAUAAAAGAAAGUUUGCCAUUUCGUCUUAGGAUAUUUGAAAAAUUUCCAGAUAGUCCACAAAUGACUAAACUACAUAAGGUGCCUGGUGAUUUUAAUUUGCCUAAAGUGCGCGAGUCGUUCAUGCGGCAGUUCGUGUGCGAGGUGGAGGGCGAGGAGGAGGGCGCGCGGCUGCCGGCCGACGUGUCGCGGCGCGCCUUCGAGUACAUCGGCGCGGACAAGAUCGCCUUCCCCUACCGCAAGCGCUGCCUCGUGAAGACGCUCACGGUGGCGCCGCCCUCGCAGCGGCCCAGCUCCGCGCUGCGCCGGCACGUCGUCGCCUCCAUCAUCAACGAUUCAAAUAAUCAUCGUCGGUUGGUGCUGGGAGAUUCGGCCAUGCUGGCGACGGGAGGGAAGUCCGGUCUCAAAUCCCAGGGAACCGUGUCCAGUGCUAAACAACUACGUGUCGACCAGAAAAAAUUCGGGUCUCGAUCAAUCCGCCGGUCGGUCCGCAGCGGCUCCAUCAAGCUGAAGCAGACGUACGAGCACCUGCUGGAGAACGGCGACAUCGGCGCCGCGUCGCGCGUCGUGCCGUCGUCGCGCGCGCGCCCGCCCUACCUCGACAUCCGCCUGCUGCAGGCCAAGCGCCAGCAGGCCGAGAUGCGCCGGAACCAGCGCGAGGAGGACCUGCGCGAGAACCACCCGCUGUUCGACACGCCGCUGCUGCUGGUGCCGCGCGAGUCGCGCUUCCGCCGCGCCUGCCGCGCCGUGGUGGACGCGCGCUACGACGCGCGCCUGCGCGACCCCGUCACCGGCAACGAGCGCAAGGUGCACUACAAGAGCUUCCAUAAUUUUCUCGGUCUCGUUACAUAUUUAGAUUGGGUUAUGAUCAUGGUUACCACGCUAUCUUGUUUGUCGAUGAUGUUUGAGACACCCACUUAUAGAGUAAUGGAAAAUUUUGUGCUACAGAUAGCAGAGUAUGGAUUCGUUGUAUUUAUGAGCCUGGAGUUGGCGUUAAAGAUAUUGGCCGAUGGUCUAUUUUUUACACCUAAAGCGUACUUAAAAGACGCUGCAGCCGUAUUGGACGUAUUUAUUUACGUGGUGUCGCUGACGUUCCUGUGCUGGAUGCCGGUGCGCGUGCCGCCGGGCUCGGCCGCACAGAUGCUGAUGAUCCUGCGCUGCGUGCGGCCGCUGCGCAUCUUCACCCUUGUGCCCCACAUGCGCAAGGUGGUCUAUGAGCUGUGUCGCGGCUUUAAGGAGAUUCUGCUGGUAUCGACGCUAUUGAUUCUUCUGAUGUUUGUGUUUGCAAGUUAUGGAGUACAAUUAUAUGGUGGAAGGCUGGCUCGUUGCAACGACCCGACGAUAACCCGUCGCGAGGACUGCGUGGGCGUAUUCAUGAGACGCGUGUUCGUCACCAAGAUGAAGCUGCGCCCCGGACAAAAGGAGACCUUCCCUUCCAUGCUCGUGCCUAGAGUAUGGGCUAAUCCUAAACGGUUUAAUUUCGAUAACAUCGGUGAUGCACUGUUGACGCUCUUCGAAGUUCUGUCAUUUAAAGGAUGGUUAGAUGUUCGAGAUGUCCUUAUUAAAGCUUUAGGCCCGGUGCACGCCAUAUACAUACACGUAUACAUAUUUUUGGGGUGCAUGAUCGGAUUGACAUUGUUCGUGGGUGUAGUGAUUGCAAACUAUUCUGAAAACAAAGGAACUGCUUUAUUGACUGUUGAUCAGAGACGAUGGUGUGAUCUCAAGAAAAGACUAAAAAUCGCUCAGCCCCUGCACCUCCCUCCUCGACCGGACGGCAGGAAAGUGCGUGCAUUCGCAUACGACGUCACUCAAAACUUAACUUUCAAAAGAGUUAUUGCAAUCGUCGUUCUCAUAAACAGCGGCUUAUUGGCUGUAACGUGGUCGCGGCACUCGCGCGACACGGAGCGGCUGGCGCUGACGUCGGCGCUGCUGACGCUGGUGUUCGUGGUGGAGGUGCUGCUGAAGACCAUCGCCUUCACGCCGCGCGGCUACUGGCAGAGCCGCCGCAACCGCUACGACCUGCUCGUCACCGUGGGCGGCUGCGUCUGGAUCUUCAUGCACUUCACGCUCAAGAAUGAUCUUUCUUACUUCAUUGGGUUCAUGGUGGUAAUUCUAAGAUUCUUCACAAUAACGGGCAAGCAUACCACUCUGAAGAUGUUGAUGUUGACGGUGGGCGUGAGCGUGUGCAAGAGCUUCUUCAUCAUAUUUGGCAUGUUUCUGCUCGUGUUCUUUUACGCGCUAGCCGGCACCAUCGUUUUUGGAAACGUUAAAUACGGCGAAGGUAUUGGAAGGCGGGCGAACUUCAACUCGCCGAUCCACAGCGUGGCGAUGCUGUUCCGCAUCGUGACGGGCGAGGACUGGAACAAGAUCAUGCACGACUGCAUGGUGGCGCCGCCCUACUGCACGCCGGCCGACAACUACUGGGAGACCGACUGCGGCAACUUCACCGCCUCGCUCGCCUACUUCUGCACCUUCUACGUCAUCAUCACCUACAUCGUGCUCAACCUACUCGUUGCUAUAAUCAUGGAGAACUUUUCCCUAUUUUACUCAAAUGAGGAAGAUGCUCUACUUUCAUAUGCUGAUAUAAGAAAUUUCCAGAACACCUGGAAUAUUGUUGAUGUUCAUCAAAAAGGAGUAAUACCUGUAAAAAAGGUAAAAUUCAUAUUACGAUUACUGAAAGGUCGUCUGGAAUGUGAUACGCACAAAGAGCGACUUUUGUUUAAAUAUAUGUGUUACGAACUAGAGAGGCUGCAUAACGGGGAAGAUGUGACGUUUCACGAUGUUAUAAACAUGCUUUCGUACCGCACGGUAGAUAUACGUAAAUCAUUGCAAAUGGAAGAGUUACUGGCAAGAGAAGAAUUCGAGUUUCUUAUUGAAGAAGAAGUCGCAAAACAAACAAUACGCACUUGGUUGGAAGGUUGCUUAAAAAAGAUACGCGCUAAUAGCAGUAAACAACAAACGAGUCUAAUUGCUGGCUUAAGAAAAACAAACGAGCAACCAUUAGACUUUAACACUGAGAAAGAGAAAGAGAAACAAGAAGCGGAAAGUCAGCAAACAACUGCCAACACCGGCCGCGCGGAAAUUACUGAAUCUACUUCUCAACCGAUCAUGUCCAAUGUUACAUCAUCGCUGGAUUCUCAACCUAAGCGCUCGUCUGGUAAAAGCCAAUUCAAAAGAUCAGGUCUACCAGUAAUGACAAUACCAAGACCCGAAAGUCCUGUCAAAAAAUAUCUUCAACCGACCUUGAGCGAUCCACAUCCAGCUCUAAAUAAGAAAACGACAAUUCGCCACGCCCACUCGGAUACAGGCUCCGCCCACUCGGGCUCAGGGCCCGCCCACUCGGACUCAGGCCCCGCCUACUCAGACUCAGGCUCCGCCUACUUUGUCUCAAGCCCCGCCCACUGGAUCCCACUUCUGACACCAGUUACCCCGGCUCCACCGCCGGCCCCGCCGCCGGCAACUAAGAGCAACAGCCGCGGGGCGAGCGGCGGCGUGGGCGCACACUACAGCGCGCCGGCGCCCGCGGCGCUGCACGACGUGCACUCGUGGUGGGGCGCGCAGCUCGCCUCGCACCGGCGGCGUGGGCGCACACUACAGCGCGCCGGCGCCCGCGGCGCUGCACGACGUGCACUCGUGGUGGGGCGCGCAGCUCGCCUCGCACGCCGCGCACUAGCCCCGCCGCCGGCAACUAAGAGCAACAGCCGCGGGGCGAGCGGCGGCGUGGGCGCACACUACAGCGCGCCGGCGCCCGCGGCGCUGCACGACGUGCACUCGUGGUGGGGCGCGCAGCUCGCCUCGCACGCCGCGCACUAG